UGUUUGACCUCCAAGAACGAAAAAUGGAUUAAAUCUUUGUACUGAGUAUCAGAGAAUAAUUACGAGGGUAUCUGGGCUGAGGGGGACGGAGAUAUGUCAUUUAAAUUUUAAAGUACGAUUAUUUGUACUCGAGACUUAUUGUGUGUCUAUAUUUACAUAGUCCAAGAUACUAUUUUUUUUGUAGCAAAGCGGUAAAUUAGUGGAUAAGAUACAGAUGAAAAGGUAGAAAAGCUCUAGAUUUUCUAAUCUAAUAUCAGCUAUUCGGAUAGUGAGUUAAUGCUUCAAUUAAUUGUCUUUCCUCUGAAGAGUGAAUCUUUUAAACAUCUUUAUCUAUAGAUUAAUAAUUGAUCUCUCGAGUUACAAAACUUUAACCUUCCUCCCUCCCCCCUUCCCCGGAAAAUAAUUAUGACAGUAGGCGAAAUAGAAGAUCUCUGACCAAAGAGGAUUCAUCUGUCUUCUAUAUGUACCCUGUAGAUCCGAAUUUGUGUAAAGGAAGUUGGGUCACAAAUUCGUAUCUAGGGGAAUAUGUAGUUGACACAAACACUACAGGUCACAAUCCCAGAAGGCAUUAAACAAUAAGCUACCCACACCCCAAGAGCACUAAAUAAAGGUGAAAACAAGGUCUUAACAAGAAAGUGGUUUUAUGGCUGAAAAUAAAUACUUUGUAUUUAACCUUAGCUCAACUCCUAGCUCCUAUGAUAAACUUUAUCAUCACUUCCAGAUCAAAUCUGAGUUGCAAAGGAAGAAGGGGGGAGGGGGGGGAGGGGAAUCUGGGGUGUUAUUACUGCGAUUUGAGCUACGAGAUUCCCACUACUGUUUUAGUUUGUGUAAUCUCAGAACUGAAGCCGAAUAACAAACAAACAAUCAAAACCUACUGCUAUCCUUCCUGCUGCUUGUGACGAGCUUAUUACGUGUUUCAGAUUUAAACACGAAAUCGAGGAUUUAGGGGUGGCUUUUGAAAGGCUGCUUAUUUGCUCUGUCUUUUAACGCGUCUUUAUUACAAGAAGGGCGAAGCGAAGAUGCAUUAGGACUUAAGUUAGUUGUCUUUUGUAAUUGUUCAUCAACACCUUGAUUUCUUGCUUGGAGAACGGGCUCCUUUUCCAUCGGUGAGUGGGAAAUAGUCAAUCUCAUACCAGAGCUAAAUGUGAUUUAGGAGAGUGGGUACUCCGAAUUAGCUGAUGAAUAUCCUAUCGAUUCCAAACAAGCCCUAUUCAUCUCUGCCAGGCUCGGGGCACAAUGUCCCUUCCCGCAUCACCUUACCAAGGCAUGAGAUGCAAACACCACACGGAGGGACCGCCAUGGAUCAUGUGCGGGGGCAGCGAUUGUGAGCGGCAGCCCCAAACACUCGAAAAUACUUUUGCCGUCUCUCUCUCUCUCUCUCUCUCUCUCUCUUUUAUUUUUUCUUUUGGGGUAUUUUGUUUGUUUGUUUUCCACCCCCUCCCCCCGGCCACCCCCUCCCCGAGCCAGGACACACCCCCUAGGGGUGUGGGCCGGGGGGGUCGGUUCUCGGCCGCGGGGCGCUGCCGAGUCCGGGCCGGCGGGGGCCGGCGGCGUCGGGGCCGAGCCGGGGCAGCCGGAGGGGAGCGGGUGCCCCCGGCCGCCUCCCCGGGGAUGCUCCGGGCCCUGGGAGAGCCCGUGCUGGGCAGAUUUCCUUAUCCGGGGAUCGCAGGCCACAUCGCCAUUGGCCCGUGCUGUCACAUGGACUCCAACUUUGUUCACUUGACAGUAAGUAGGAGGGUUUCACGAAACAGGAAAACGAGUAAAGGGGGGGACAGGAAUAAAUUUUAGGAUAUAUAUAUAUAUAUAUAUAUUGCGUGUGUGCAAUUCUAAUAAAUUAAUGGCCAUGAGCUCGUUUUUGAUCAACUCCAACUAUGUGGACCCCAAGUUCCCACCCUGUGAAGAGUAUUCCCACAGCGAUUACCUUCCCAAUCACUCGCCGGAAUAUUACAGCAGCCAGAGGCGAGAGAGCACUUUCCAACAUGAAGCGAUGUACCAGCCGCGGUCAGCCUGCAACGAGCAGCUCUACUCGUCCUGUCAGAACUCCGGCCACCAAGCAGCGGUGUUAUCCCCCCGGGGUUAUGUCCAUCCUCCUGCCGGACUGCAGAGCCACCUCUCUGAGCCAAAACAUCCCUGCGAGCCGGUGACCCCCAGCCCACCACCCUCCUGCAGCCAAAACUCUCUGAACCAAAGCCCUUCCAAUUCCUCUUGCAAAGAGCCGGUAGUUUACCCCUGGAUGAAAAAAGUCCAUGUAAGCACGGUAAACCCCAGUUAUUCAGGAGGGGAACCGAAACGCUCCCGCACAGCCUACACCAGGCAGCAAGUCCUGGAGCUGGAGAAGGAAUUUCACUAUAACCGCUAUCUCACCCGGAGACGCAGGGUCGAGAUCGCCCACUCCCUCUGCCUCUCCGAGCGCCAGAUCAAAAUCUGGUUCCAGAACAGGAGGAUGAAAUGGAAAAAAGAUCACAAGUUACCAAAUACCAAGAUCAGGUCUAAUCCUUCCACCUCCUCCGCAAGCCUGCAGAUCCCACAAGGAGGUUCUCAAGUCCGAUCCAGUGGACCAGCCACCAGCCUAUAAACUAUUCGUUGUAUGGAUGGAGUGUGUGUUUGUGGGUGUGAGUUUGUGUGUGUGUGUAGGGAACACAUGAUAUUCUUUUUUAAUGCUACAAGAAGCGAGGGAAGGAGGGGUGCUCUUUAUUUAUAGCAGGAAUAGAGGGAGACUCAGCUACAACAAAGCAGAGCUGUGUUGUUGGGCACCUCUUCCAUUAGAAGGAGGCUGCAGAUAGUAGUUUUCAGAUUUGGCUAAGAUGGAUCCUUGUUUCAUCUUUAAUCACGCCAAGCUCUGCCCCAUUUGUCAUGUUUACUCUCCCGUACAAAGGAUGGACCUUAUGUCUGCUAUUACCUCGACAACCAGCGUUCACUUUAAUAAAUGAGGCUCAGUUUCUUCAAGAAGAACUGGACCUCCCCCCCACACACACCCUCCCGCCCGGUCUUUUUUCCUCCUUUUUCUCUUUUUUCUUUUUUUCGCCUACCAGCCACAAUAAUCGAAAGUUAAUCGGCAGUUUUAGCACAGCUCUGCGGUGGAGAGAAGCAGCAAAACCCCCAGCCACUGCAGCACCAGCCGGCUGCUACGCGCCUUCCACUGACCGCGGGCAGCUCCCGGCCAUGGUGCAGCACGGGGGCGCGGGGCCGAAAAAACGUAAAAUUAGGUCAAGUGGGUGGUAGACAAAAACAAACAAACAAACAAAACACGAGAACAGCCACUUAUAUAGAACUCCCCCUCCGCCAUUUUUGAGUCCUGCAAGUUAAUUAUUACUUCACUUGUAAGACUUGGGGGAGGAGGGGGGGGGGGGGGGGCGGGGGAGGGAAGCAAGGUAUGUAGUUUUGAAACUUGGUGAUAAGCAGUGGUACCUGAAUUCAGCCUCGCAGCCCCGGAUGAUGGGGAGAGGAGGGUUUCCUGCGGGGGAAAGAGCCCCUCUCCCAUUCUCUAGCCCAUUUUUUUACUGAGAAUGUGAAUUACAGACAGAGCGAUGAGGGGUCGCCUCUCUUCGGGUGAGCAAUGGGGGAGACAGGGGUUCUGGUGAGGACCCCGCUGCCAUCCUGCCCUGCCCGCCCGACCGCCUCGAUUACCUCCUUUUGUCUUUCGUGAUGUCCAGAUUAAGUGUAAAUAGAAGAGAAAAGAAAGAAAGAAAAAAAAAAAAAAAAAAAAAAAAAAAAAAAGAA